UGUAAAUUACCUAAUUCAACUUCAUUUUAUUUAAGCUAGAGCACCUUAUCACUUUGGCCAUCGAUAUUAGCAGCAGCAAGGUUUUAUUUGGAUGUCCAAGAGCUCCACGAAAGCCGUUGACGCGUUCUGCCUCUGUCGCCUGCGUCCGAUGGAUACAUAUACACGAUCCCCUAAUCCGGUCGCCCUUCGCAGGGCCAUUUCGAUUUGGACACGGAUACUCUUCGUGUCCGUAUCGACCGGCCGGUGAAUCAGGGUCCUGACCGGCCUACUCAUUUACGACUAUAAGUGACCCCUCCUCCAUGGUCAUGGUAUCUAUUGAUCUGCGACGGAACAAUCCGAUCAAUGGCGUCCACCACGGACAAGAAAGACGACGAUGAUGGCUGUGGAUGCUUCUCGUGGAUACUUGCCACGAUCCUGAUCAACGGCUUCAUCAUUUUGCUGACGACGCUCCCUUCGAAGAAAUCCAUCGCGUACCCUGAUAACAAGCCGACCACAUGCUCCGUCGAGCUCGCCGGCUUCGAGGGGCUGCAGCCGGCGCUGUCCCCGGGGGCAGCCUCGCCGGCCUUCGACCUCAUCGUGCGCGUCAACAACGGCCACACCUUCCGCCUGCGGCGCCGCGGCGGCGACGUCAUCGUCUCCUACGGGGGCGUGCCCCUGGCGCGCGGGCGCACGCCGGGGUUCGAGCUGGGGGACAAGGAGGUGCUGGCGCUGCCGGUGAAGGCGACCAGCGCGGGGGUGGGCGUGCCCGGUGAUCUGUUGCGCCUCAUGACAGACGAGAGGAGGCUGGGCGUGGCGCAGAUCCAGGUCGAGUUCGGGCUGGCUUGGGAGUCGUUCGUCUGCGACGUCGAGCUGGAUGGGCACCCGCGCGUGGCCGAGUGCUAUAAGCCUAACUCUGUAGGCUAGCUAGUUGUACUAUCAAAUUGUUUAAUUGGCAGAUUGUUUAGCU